GGCCCGCCGGCGGGCGCGCGGGGGGGGGAAAGCCGCGCACAGAGGCGGCCGGCGGGGGCGGCCCGCCCGCGGGCACGGGCGCGCUCUGCAGGGGGCGCCGUCGUGAGCUUCGCCACUCAGCAGGCAUGGAAGGCGCUGAGGAGCGCGCAGAGACGGCGCCCAGACCGCCGCCGGCCGCCGAGCCGCAGCAGGAGGACGCCGAGAUGGCCCCCGCGCCCCUGCCCGCCGAGCAGCCGCAGCAGGAGGACGCCGAGAUGGCCCCCGCGCCGCCGCCCGCCGAGCAGCGGCAGCAGGACGCCGACACGGCGCCCGCGCCGCCGCCCGCCGAGCAGCAGCAGCAGCAGCAGCAGCAGCAGCAGCAGCAGCAGCAGCAGGACGCCGAGCCGGCGCCCGCGCCGCCGGCCGCGCCGGCCGCCGCGGGAGGUCCCGCUGCCGGGCGGGCUCCGGCGGCCGAGGGCGCCGCGGACCCCCUCGAGGUGCGGGCGCUGGCCCGGGAGGUCCAGGCGCUGGGCGCUCGCGCGGCAGGUCAUUCCCUGCCGGACACGGAGCCGAGGACGCCCGCGAAGGGGAGCGGCCCGGCGGCCGCCCCGGCCGUGCCCGCCGCGGGCGCUGCGAGCAGCGAGGGGGCGGGCGGCCGGGCAGGCCGGCGCGGGGCCGAUGCGGGCCCCGAGACGCCCCAGAAGGACAGUCCGCCCGGGAGCGACACGGAAGAGGCGGGGCGGCGCGCGUACGCCUCCCUGCUGAAGGCCCUGUUCCGCGACAUGGGCUUCUACGCGCAAUCCGAGGCCGGCGUGUUGGACUGCAAGAAGCAGUUGCUGGUCUACCACUACUCGGCGCGCAUGUUCGAGCUACGGGAGAAGAUCGUCGGCGCGCUGCGCGGGAGCAUGGUGCAGCUGGCGACCCUCCCGCUGCAGUACCAGCGCGUCGUGCGCGGGCUGCGCAAGGAGUUCGAGGGCGAAGGGCGCCUGGAUGGCCUCCAGGCGCUCCGGGAGGAACACAUCUUCGGCCACGAACAUGUCAUCAAGUUCAUGUCGCCGACACACCUUCCACAGAGUGCGCAUCAAGCCUGCGUGGUGUUGCGGGAAAAGCCGCACGCGACUGGGGACACGAAGAAGUACAUGUCCUGGUUUCGCGAGCUCAUCAAGUUUAAGAGCUCUGUCAAUCCGCUCUUUCUCAUCGAGGAGACCGGGCUGGGGCUCGUGCUCACGGUGGAGAACACGGUGCCGCGGGCCUUCCUGGUGGUCUCGCCUUUCCUGCAGAACCCGAAGGAGCUCGAACAGGCACAGAGCUCCGCGAAGACGUGGGGGCAGAUCGAGGAUGCGCUGAGGCCGACAGUGGUGGAUUUCAUCGCGACAGAGAGCAACGCAUGGCGCACCUUCAUCCAGCGGCGGGCCAGCGUAGUGUCCAAGGGCUCCCUCAACAUCAUCCAGAAGGUGCUGCGGCUGCGCCCCAACACGGACGGGCUCGACCCCGCCGCCUGCGCGGAGCUGGAGGAGCUGCGCGGCCGCUGCCAGGAGGCGGAGGACCUCGCGAAGGCCAAGGCGGACGCGCUCCGGGAGCUCCAGCGCGAGAAGGCGCUGCUGGAGAGGGCGGCGAGGCGGCUGGAGAAGAAGGCCGUGGAGGCCGAGGUGCUCAGGGAGAGGUGGUCGUCCCAAGACCAGGGCGCCUCCGAGUUGGGCCUGCGGGCGCGGCUGGAGGAGGAGCUGGAGGAGCAGCUGAGCGACCUCAGGGAGGAGAAGGCGAUGCUGGAGGAGCGGGCCGUGGCCGCCGAGCGGCGGGCGGCGCACCACGACAUGGAGCUCAGGGACCUGCGGCGCCGCUGCGCCUUCGCCGAGCGCGAGGCGGACGAGAUGAGGGAGGCCGAGGCGCACCUGCGGGAGAAGCGCCAGGAAGUGGAGUGCCUGGUCGACGGCAACGCCGAGCUGCUCGUGGAGGCCGCGGAGGCGCGGGCCUCGCGGAAGCGCGCCAAGGAGGACCGCGACGAGGCGAGGGUGACGGCGCGCCGCCUCGAGGAGGAAAAGAAGGAGCUGCUCCAGGCCAUGGAGGGCGUCCGCGCCGACGCGGCGCGCGCCGCCGAGGCGGCCCGGGCGGAGGCCGAGGCGUGCUCGCAGGCGGCGGCCCGCGCGUCGCAGGACGCCGCCGCGGCGGCCGAGGGCGCCGCGCAGGCGAAGCGGGCGGAGCUCGCCGUGAGGGCCGAGGCGGAGGCGAAGGAUCUCGACAGCGAGAUCGCCGCCCUCACGGCCUCCAGCGCGGCGCUGCGGGCAGAGGUCGCCAAGGCGCAGGGGGACCAGUCCCUCUCGGACGGCCGCGCCGCCGCCGCGGAGCGGGAGGCGACGGAGUCGCGGGCGCGGGAGGCGGACCUGGAGGCGAAGCUGGGCGCGUGGGCGGCGGAGAAUCGGGCUGGCGCUGGCCGCCGCGGCCAGCCAGCACGAGCAGGCCGCGCAGGCGGCGAGGGCCGAGGCCCAGGAGCGCGUCAGGAGGCCGCCGCGGACGAGGCCGCCGCGGCGCGGGAGGCGGAGCAGCGGGCCGACGCCCAGCUGCAGGCAAAGUCCGAGGAGGCCGCCGGCCUGGUGGAGCAGCUGGCGCAGCUCCGGACCGAGGUGGCGAGGCUGGGCGCCGCCCUGAGCGAGGCCGAGGAGCGGCGGGCGCAGGCGGAGCAGGCUGCGGUCGCCGCCCGGGCUGAGGCGGACAUGAAGGACGUCAGAGCCACCGAGUUCGCGGCCUCGAACGUUGAGCUGCGGGCGGAGGCCGCCAAGGCGCAGAAGGAGAAGGCGCUCUCGGACGGCCGCGCCUCCUGCGCGGAGCAGCGCGCGGACGCGGCGCGUGCCCGCGAGGCGGAGCUGGAGGCGGCGCUGGGCGCGUCCGCGGCGGAGAAGGUGGCGCUGGCCGCGGCGGCCAGCCAGCUCGAGCAGGCCGCGGACGCGGCGCGGGCCGCACUGGCGGACAGCACCAGGAGGCCGCCGAAGAGCUCCAGCAGCAGGCCGACGCGGCGCGGGAGGCGGAGGCGCGCACGGCGGCCCAGCUGCGGGUGA